AGUGAGUUACACUAAGACACAGAACACUGAAAGGUUUUACUGUUAACACCAGGAAUAAAGUACUGGAAGCCAAUCAACCUUGUGAUUCCAGUAUGCAUAGCCACUGAGGAGCAGAGAGUUUGAGUGAGAACGCUGUGUAUUCACAGAAAGCUGCUCUCUCCAUUUUUUCAUACCAGACAAAGGAUGACAAACAUCUCACGAUAUCUUGUUAAUCACCUGCUGACAUUCUCACUCCAGGACGGGGAUGUGCAGAGUGUGGAGGAAGCCCAGUCUCGUCUCUCCGUCCUGGCUCAGAACCAAAAGCUGUGGAGUCAACAGAUGUACCUGGAUGUUGGAGCGAAGGCCAUCCAUCUCCGAGACACACAGAGCCAAGACGAGCUGGAGAACUACCCUUUCAAAUCCAUCUACCGCUGUGACGCCAUUAACACAGAAAAGCACUUCAAAUCCCUCCUUCUGUUGGUCUGCCAAAGCGCAGACCUGAAGAAGCCGGACAUUCUCUUCUUUAACUGCGAGACUGUGAAGGCAGAGCAAAUCCGUGACGACAUUGCACACGCAGUUUCAGGUUCCUCCGCCGGCAGCAGGAGUAAGAAGCUCCCUGAUGCCCUCAGGCUUCCUAGCAGCGAGGAAAAGAUGGUCGAUCCCUAUGAAAUCCCAAAGCCCCCCUACCCACAUGCUCCAAACCCCCCACCAGCCAAUCCUCCACCUUACCCUGGACACAGAGUGAACGGCGGCGGGCCUGAUAUCUCCUUCCUGCGAGCAGAGCGAGAAGUGGGGAUCCUCAAUCACUGUUUCAAUGACAUUGAGAUCUUUAUGGGCAAGCUGCAGCAGACCGCAGAGGCUGCGACGGUGCUGAACCAGAGGAAGAAGAAAAAGAAGAAAAGUAAAAAGCAAAGUGCUGAAGAAGAUUUACUCACUUUGAAGGCCCGACCUCCUCCAGAAGAAGAAUUCAUUGAUAUCUUCCAGAAAUUCAAAUAUUGCUUCAGCCUGUUGGCUCGUCUGAAGUCAACCAUCUCCAAUCCUUCAUCAGAGGAGCUUGUUCACCACAUAUUCAAACCUUUGGAUAUGAUGGUGAGAACAACAGGGGGACCAGCUCUGGGAGCCUCAGUGUCCAGCCCCGCCCUGACCAGCUCUGCUGUCUCACUGCUGCAAGACACCCUGAGCGUGGAGGAGAAGCAGCUGUGGACGUCUCUGGGUCCCAACUGGACGCUGCCUCGCUCCCAGCUCAGAGGGCCUGUAGCCCCCUACACCCCUGUGUUCUUGGACGGUUGGAAGCCGGAAGCCUCAAGAGCAGACGGGCAGGUUUGGGAGGAUCCAGUCGACGCACAGCACAAACAUGAAGCCCUCCGAGUACAACAAGUGCCACAGCAGCAACAGCCAGUUGGUCCCGCAGACACCCACAUCAGUGAUGAAACAGACGGCAGGAGGCUCCCACCAGAGUCUGAUAGACUCUACAGCUGCACGUACGACUUCAUAGCCAGGAACAGCAGUGAGCUUUCAGUGCAGCAGGGGGAGACACUCGAGGUGAUUGAAUCGUCCAAGCGCUGGUGGAAGUGUCGCAAUCGGUUCGACCAGAUCGGAUUUGUUCCAUUCAAUAUCCUGGAUCCCUUGGCUCACGCAGACAGCCCCGUGAACAAUAAAGCCCCCAGUGCUCCAGCUCCGCCCCCCCUCGCCAAGAACUUCUCUGUCGUCCCACCCAACUCUUCUCCUGCUACACCCCAGCGCCCACGCAGCUUACCGCCAUACGGUCAACAUAUACCAGCCUCAGAGGACACAGAUAAUAAAGUCAUUUUGAUGAAUGACGAGCUGCUCCAGAGGCUGACCAAUGGAAAGACCAAUGCGAACAAACCUCUGGUCAUCCCUCGUUCCUCAGACACGUCCGUGCCUCUGGACUACCACUCUCCUCCAGACGAGGUAGCCCAGUGGCUCCGAGGGAAGGGCUUCAGUGAACCGACGGUGUCAUGUUUGGGAGUGCUGACAGGUGCCCAGCUCUUCUCCCUCAACAAGGAUGAGCUACGAGCAGUGAUUCCAGACGAGGGCGCCAGAGUGUACAGCCAGCUCACUGUGCAGAAAGCACUGCUGGAGGAUGCAAGAAGAGCCACGGAGUUGGAGACAGUCAUGGAGAAACAGAAAAUGAAGGUGGAUCUGAAACUGGAGAGCAGCACACUGUGAGCAGCAGGCGCUUCUACAUCAUGAAGAGUUUCAGAUGAAGGAUUGUGUUCUUCCGGCAGAUAGCAUAUAUCCAGAGCAAACAUGCAACAGUGACUUGACCAACUAACAUUGUUUGCCAAGAAGACCAUCAUGGUAUACGUGCCAUUAUGACAUAAUUAGAUCAUCUUAAAAGUAUUUGGCAGCAAAUCAAAAACGUAAGCUUUUAAUGAGAGCCAUUGCUGUGCAAAUUAACUGUAACAUUAAAGAACACUAUUUGUAAUGUAUAAAGUGAAUAGUUUUCUUCAAUCUAGAAAGGACUAACUUAAAACAAAAUGUAUUUAUGUUUGUAGUAUACUUGUCUAAUAAUUUAACCAUACUUAACAUGCCUUGACGAAAAGCUUGGCGAGAAAGUCCAGCAGACAAUAAACAUUUAAAUGGUGAUUGUUUUUAAUUGAGACUUUAAAGGAGGAUUUCCAGCAGAACAUAAGCAGAUGACUUCACACAUUAGGUAAAGCAAUACAUCCAUUUGAAUCUGUUAGCAGUUAUAAAUCUAUUCAGAGACAUUUGUCUUAAUUGGGCCAAAAACAAAGACUUCCGGUAUGUACAGAUAUAGCACUGAAUUUCUAAUGUAUCUUUACCUACUGCUUCACAUGCCGACACAAACUUUGAAGUUACCAUUUAUUUAAAUAAAAGAAAUCAAGAUGAAAACUUGCCACCAAAACAAGCAUUUACUUAUACUGGCUAAAGUCUCAAAUGUAUUCCCUUCACUAACGGCAGCAUCAAAUAAACCUUGGAUUAGUUAAAAA